CUGAUAGUGGUGAUGGCGUCAUCAGAGGGGGCAGUAUAAAGGCAGCAGGAGACAGACGUAGAGUCAGUCUCAGCCGGACCUGCCAACACUCAACAUGUACAAGGUGGUGAUCGUUGUGUUGUCCGUCUUCCUCCUUGUGGCCUCUGCCAUGGCCAGCCCCAUGCCCGACCCUGGCUAUGGUGGCCAUGGUGGAUAUGGCCACGGUGGACACGGGGGUGGAUAUGGCCACGGUGGACACGGAGGCGGAUAUGGACACGGUGGUCACGGCCACGGAGGAGGACACGGUGGUGGACACGGUCAUGGUGGCUAUGGAUAUGGUCGGGUGAUCGCUGUGUUGUCCGUCUUCCUCCUUGUGGCCGCUGCCAUGGCCAGCCCCAUGCCCGACCCUGGCUAUGGUGGCCAUGGUGGACACGGGGGAGGACAUGGGGGUGGAUAUGGGCACGGUGGACAUGGAGGUGGAUAUGGGCACGGUGGACAUGGAGGUGGAUAUGGACACGGAGGAGGACACGGAGGUGGACAUGGCCAUGGUGGCUAUGGAUAUGGUCUCCUCCCUGCUAGACAGGAUAUGGUGAUAUGUGGCCGGAGGAUCAAUUAUCAUUAUAUUAAAGAAGUCUCACUGUCCCCUCGUCCAGAAUCCUCAAGCAAUGACGUCUACUCAAGCUUCUGUGGUUAUGGUGUCAGUCCUUUCGUUUGUGUCUACAUCAGUUAUGGUAUUUUGAACUACUAUGAGCUCAAUGAAGGCUACCGUGAGCGUGACAGUGUUCUGAUGUUCAGUGGCUGCAAGCUCCCCUGGAGUCAGUCUCAGCCAGACCUGCCAACACUCAACAUGUACAAGGUGGUGAUCGCUGUGUUGUCCGUCUUCCUCCUUGUGGCCGCUGCCAUGGCCAGCCCCAUGCCCGACCCUGGCUAUGGUGGCCAUGGAGGACACGGAGGUGGAUAUGGCCACGGUGGACAUGGGGGUGGAUAUGGCCACGGAGGACACGGUGGUUAUGGCCAUGGAGGAGGACACGGUGGUGGACAUGGCCAUGGUGGUUAUGGCUAUGGUCGAUGAAGAAACCAUUGAAAAAUUUUAUGUUAAACAUGGUAACUUCUCCUUGUCCUCCUCCCCCCUUCCUCCUCUUCCUCCUCCUCCUCCUCCUCCCCCCUUCCUCCUCCUCCUCUUCCUCCCUUCCUUCUCUUUCAAACAAGAGAUAUAAACAUCAAUAACAACUUUUACUCGACACUUCUAAAACAGUGACCAACACGAAUUCUCGAGUUGUAGAAAAAAUAAAAAACAUUUUACUA